AUGAUGAAUCCUUCCGGAUCAAACGAUGAAAUAAACCACCGUAAUCCAUUCUCCGGUAACUCGCCGCCGUCGUCGUCGGAGAGCUCAGUGAUGAAACAUCAAUCAGGAAUCGCCAUGAAUUGGACCUCUGAAGAACAAGCGAUUCUCGAUCAUGGUCUUAUUAGAUAUUCAUCGGAACCGAGUACUGUAUUACGUUACGCGAAAAUCGCGUUAGAGCUUGAAAACAAAAACGUUAGAGACGUUGCGAUGCGUUGCAGAUGGAAAUACGAGAUUAUUGAUAUGGUGGUGGCUUCAAACUCAGCUCCGUAUCUGAUUGUACCGUCUCCUCUUCUUAGAGUAGAACAUGGGAUCACUAAUGAGCUUAUUGAACAGAAUAGGCAAAUGUUUAAUCAGAUUACUGAAAAUUUUGCAAACUUAAUGCUCAAAGAAAACUUUAUAUUUUUCUCCAAAAUCGGCGAAAACAUUAGGAAGCUUCUCAAAGAUUUGAAUGAGAAUGUACCGGAGACGAUGAAGCAUAUGCCCCAAUUGCCAGAGAUGUUGAGAGAUGAUCUAGUUGAUGCAAUCUUUCUUCCCUCAAAUCUACCAUGA